AUGACCGUAGCCGGCGUUACCAAGUCUGUGUACAGAGAGGGAUGGGAACAGGCCAUGAGGGAAGAGUUUGAUGGGCACUUGGGCACGGGAACGUUUUCAUUCGUAGACGGUACGCCAGAGGGGCGUAGACCCGUGAGCUCGAAGUGGCGCUUCACUUGGAAGACAAACAAGGACGGAAAAAUUGAGAAGUUCAAAGCGCGUCUGGUCGCUAGGGGGUUUUCGCAAAUCCCGAACGUGGACUACUUCCACUCAUCCUCCCCUUGCCCAUCAUCCGCAUCCAUUAAACUGAUGCUUGCGGUAGCCAACGAGAAAUCGCUGAAACUCAACCACUGGGAUGUCAAGCAGGCGUUUACACACGCUAAGUUGGACGAGGAUGUGUUUCUGAGGCUCCCCGCGGGGUGCGGGGAAAAAUCCCACAAAGUUGUGAAGGCUGAGCGUGCUAUUUACGGCUUGAAGCAGAGCGGCAGGCAGUGGGGGUACCACGCUGCCGAUACUCUUGUAGAAAACGGGUUCGAGCAGUGCAAGGCUGACCCGUGCGUCUUCCGCAAGAUGAAAGACGAUGUCGUGGUGAUGAUUAUCGUGAUUUAUGUGGAUGACAUUUUGGUGGCUGGGUCUGAUGAUGAUUGCAAGGAGUUGCUUGCUUCCCUCAACAAGGCAUUCCCCACCAAAGACCUUGGAGAGUGCGUGUGGUUCGACGGGUGUGCCGUCGAGAGAGACCUAGAGGCUGGGACCCUUAGAAUCUCCCAAACCGCGUACAUUGACAGCAUCGUGAAUCGCUUUGAUGUGCAGUCGACCUCCUCCAUCCCUGCUUCCCCUGGUGUCGAUAUAGGACCGAAGCGGGAUGACGAGAGUGGAGGGGAAUGGCCGGUGAGGGAGGCCAUCGGCAGCAUGAUGUGGGUGUCGACGUUCUCGCGCCCGGACAUCUCGUUCGCCGUGCGUGCGGUAGCGCGCCAUGCCCAUGCCCCUGCCGAGAGGCACUGGAAGGCGAUCGUGAAGAUCCUCGCCUACCUCAAAGAGACGAGGGACCUCGGGAUCACCUACGAACGGGGAUCGGGGUUGGGGCUGGCGGUGUACGUGGACGCUAGCUACGCCGACGCUGAGGAUAGGCGUUCGGUGUCAGGGCUGGCAACAACGGUUGGAGGGACCGUCAUCAGCCACGGUAGCAAGACGCAAGCUAUCGUAUCUUUGUCGUCUACGGAGGCAGAGUACAUUGCUGCCGGGGAGGGUGUGAAGGAAGCUUUGUUUGUGCGUGCAGUGCUUUCGUUUAUUGCCCCAGAGACCAGUGGCAGCAGCAUUCAGGUCCUUGAGGACAAUCAGGGGGCUAUGGCUUUGGUGCAGAACCCCCUCAGCUCAGCGCGUAGCAAGCACAUCGACGUGAGGUACCACUUCAUUCGUGGAUUGUUCAGGUCGGGGGACAUCUCGAUCAAGUUUGUGUCGACGUCGGAGCAGCAUGCCGACAUGCUUACCAAGGCUCUUAGCAAGAGCAGUCUGCAGUACCACCGGCGCAAGUUGAUGAAUUUUGCCGGAGUAGCUGCAGCAGUUUCUAGCACUUGGGAGAGGCCAUGUUUUCCAUGCGGGGAAAGGCGCAUAACUGUUGCAGUCUGUGUACCAAUGGCAGGAGUAGGGGGCGUUGGGAGACCAUCGUCCGGGGGAACGUAG